GCUUACUCGCCGGACCCACCGCCUCCAUCCUCAAGACCCAGCCAUGGCCGACCAGAUCGAAAAGGCAUUCCAGAAGCAGUCCAUCUUCCAAAACGCGAAGGCCCGCGUCGGCAAGAAGGUCGUCACCAAGGAGAAGCGGUGGUACAAGGAUGUUGGUCUUGGGUUCAAGACCCCGUCUGAGGCGAUCCAGGGCUCUUACAUUGACAAGAAGUGCCCCUUCACCGGCGAGGUCUCCAUCCGUGGCCGUAUCCUCACCGGCCGUGUCAUCUCGACGAAGAUGACCCGCACCCUCAUCAUCCGCCGCGACUACCUCCACUACAUCCCCAAGUACAACCGUUACGAGAAGCGCCACAAAAACCUUGCGGCACACGUGUCACCAGCCUUCCGUGUCGAGGUCGGCGACAUCGUCACUGUAGGACAGUGCCGGCCGCUGUCGAAGACUGUGCGGUUCAACGUCCUGCGGGUGGCGAAGAACAAGGCGGCUGCGAAGUCGUUCGGGAAGUUCUAGGCUGCUUACGCGCUGCGAGUAGUACUUGUGGGGGACGUAGGAUAUGGUAUUAUUGCUUUCACAUGUGCUAUGAUGCAUCAAAAUGACACUGCACCCAUGCGACUCGGUCUGCACGAGCAUAAUACAUUGAGCCUGUU